AUCAUGAACGCUCUCCGACUGUUGCGCGGCGCGUGUCGUCCGGCUUUGGCCUCACGAUUUCGUAUCGUCGCUCCCCGAACUGUACCGGUCCGUUUCUUCUCCGACGCCUCGUCGACGCAAUCCAAACCCAUCAUCCCGGGUAUCGGAAAAGGCAAGACAUCCACGGGAAUCGUCGGAUUGAAGGUGGAACCCGACUGGUACAACGUAAUGCUCAAUCGCUUCCAAGCUCUUCUCGAUAAAAUGGAAGCCUCGGAUAUGCCCGAAACGGCACAAUACCGCAUCGACGUCACCAAGUGGUGCAAUUUCGUAAUCAGGGCUGUCAAAUCGAAUCCUGAAGACCCCGAAGCUGUUGAGGAAACGGUGCAAAUGGGGCAAGUAGAAGAGCUGAUUGAGAUGGCGGAAGACGAAAUGAUUGCUUUGGAUACUUAUCUGCGAACACGUAUGUGGGAGUUAGUGGAAGCGACCAAUACAGUCUAUGAUUUUGAACAUGACCCCAUGAAGGACCCCAUGGGUAAAGACGGAGACCCCGAUCUCGCGGAAGCAAUUCGCCGUGGGGUGGACGCCAUGAAAACCCAGAAAGAAAAUUAA